GCAAAAGUAGAAAAGUGUUUAAGAGUUUAUGAAAAUGGGAGCAAAGGGUAUUAUCACCGUUGCUACUCUAGUCCUAAUGGCUAUGCUGAUAACAGUGAACUCAGACGAACAAAUGGCACCCAUUCCUGAUCCUUUUCAUCAGAAGAGCCACAUUUAUCUAUGCUACAAGAAAUGCUCCGACGAUUGCUUUCUAAAGAAGGACAUUAAUCACAAAUGUUUCCUGAACUGCCAUCACCAAUGUCUUGGUUUCCUGACUGCUCAUCCCAUGCAGUAUUGUAGCAUGGGGUGUUCAAUGGCCCGUUGCAGCCAAUUCAGAAACGAUGCAGCCAAGAAGGAAGAAUGUGAAAAGAGCUGCUCAAAGUACUGCAACGGCAAGGUCUAAUGCUUUGUAAAUCCAGAGUUGAUGUAA